UUCUUACACACAUUAAUUUGGGUAUCCUGGACUUGGGGUUUUGGUACCUAGAACUUGUGCUUGCGCAGUCAGAGAAAAGGGACCGUCCUGAAAAUGAGCCAGUUAAGGGUGCCAAAUAUGGGAAUGUGUUUUUGUUUCCUCUUCUGGGCAGAUAUGCACUAUUUUGCUGCAAUAAGGGGGGCAACGGGCGGCUUCUGUUUCCUGCAGUCAGUCCACUCGUGAAAGGAACUGAGUUGUGUCAAGUGCUCUUCAAGAUUCCUUUCUAUAGGAUUCUUGACUAG